AUGUCAAACCCCCAGCAUGAUAUUUCUAAGACAAGAGUCGAUGCCAUUCCCAUCGAUGCUCCUAGUAGCAAAGAAGUUGAGAUCGGGGCGACGGCCGUUGUUUCUUUGCCACCAAUAACCCUCAUAGAUGGUGGAUUCCGGGCAUGGCUCCAGGUCAUUGGGUGUUUCCUUGUCUUCUUCAAUGUCUGGGGCUUCACCUUUGCCUUCGGCCUCUUCCAGAACUAUUACGAGACAUCCUUCCUAAAGUCCAGCUCUGCAUCCGACAUAUCCUGGAUCGGAACACUCGCAUCCUACCUAUUGAUCGUUAUUGGCAUAAUUUCUGGGCCAUUGUUUGAUCUCGGUCAUUACCGCUCCAUGCUCUUUGGCGGCGCGGCUAUGUCAUGCCUUGGAAUUUUCAUGUUAAGCUUGUCAAGUCAGUACUAUCAGAUCAUAUUGACUCAGGGCAUCUGUACUGGCCUGGGCUGUGGCGUACUUUUUAUCCCAGGAAUGGCACUUGUCAGUCGUUCAUUUAAAGCCCGGAGAGCAGUUGCACUGGGCGUCGUGAGUUGCGGCGCUCCGUUUGGUGGCAUCAUCUAUACCAUUGUCUUUCAGCAGCUGAUCGACCCCUUGGGUUUUGCGUGGACUGUCAGAGUUAUGGGUUUCAUCAUGCUCUCAACGUUUCUUAUGGCCUUCCCUCUGUUGCUCUGGGGCGCGACAAAUACUGGUGACAUCAGCUCGGGCACUGCGAGAAAACUCUUCGACAAAGCAGCUCUUAAGGAUAGCGGGUUUUGGUUCUAUACUUGGGCAAACUUCUUCUUGUUUACUGGCUACCUCGUUCCCUUCUUCUAUAUACCCAGUUAUGCACAGCUUGCAUUGGGCACAUCACGAGCUCUGGCGCUUUAUUCGGUUGUCAUUGCGCAAGGAUCUUCUGUGGUGGGGCGAAUGAUAGCCUCGACUGUCGCUCUGCAUAUAGGUGUCAUGAUUCCCUGGUUGACAUGUGGCUUCGUCUCCGCCAUUCUUUGCCUAGCUUGGAUAGCCAUUGACAGCAAAGCAUCUUUCUGCGCAUUUGCCGCUCUUUAUGGCUUCUUCAGCGGCGCUCUCAUUCCACUCCCACCUAGCAUAUUCCCCGUUGUCUGCCCUGACCCGAAGGUCUUGGGCGCUCGCCUUGGUAUGGCUCAAGCAAUCGGCGCUACUGCUUCCCUUAUCGGUAGCCCGAUUGCUGGAGCCCUUGUUGGUGAUGACGGACGGCACUAUGUGGGACUGCAACUCUUCAGCGGGCUUGUGAUGAUGGUCGGAAGUGUGUUUCAACUAUGCCUUUGGUUCACCUUGGUCAAGAAGAGAGACUGCAAGGUCCUAGUCUAG